AUGGACUCUCCCAUUGUGGCUCACCUCUUUCGCCAACUGUUUCGGCACCGUCCGCGCGGAUGCCAGGGUCUGCGCAAUGGCCUCGCCAGCAGGCCUCACAGGCAGCCAGCUCGCGGGCUCGUGAACAAAGCCUCGAUAGAUCGGGGCAUGAAGACAAACGAGAGUCGCUGGCAGCAGCGGACGCACAUCUUGCCGGAGGACCGCAGAGAGGAGUUUGCAGAGUACCCGUACAUCUCGCUGCAGGAGCUGAAGAUGAGGAGUGAGCGGCCUCGGAAAGUAAAGAUGCUGCUUCGGGACUUUAUAGACGCCGUCAUUUUCAGCCCAGGCGAGCCCUUUGACUUCAAUUCCAUGCGCGACGAGCUGGAGUUCCAAGCGGACCUCGGCAGGCGAUACACCGAAUUCGAAGACCUCCUCGACGAGAAAGAAGGCGAAAGCGCAACAAGACAGCUCUGGCACACGCCCACGGAGCUCUUCCGGCCCUUCUACGGCGAGGCCAUUGCCCGCUACCUCGUGUCCAACUACCGCCUCACCACGUAUCCGUACGACGACCUGCUCAUCUUCGAAAUGGGCGCCGGCCGGGGCACCCUCAUGCUCAACAUCCUCGACUACAUCCGCGCCGCCGACCCGCAAGUCUACGCCCGCACCAAGUUCAACAUCAUCGAAAUCUCCUCUUCCCUCGCGGCCCUCCAAAACCGCCACCUCCUCUCCACCGCCGAAUCGCGCGGCCACGCAGACAAAGUCGAAAUCAUCAACAAGUCCAUCUUCGAAUGGGACCAGUACGUGCCCUCGCCGUGCUUCUUCCUCGCCAUGGAGGUCUUUGACAACUUCUCCCACGACGGCAUCCGAUACGACGUCACCACCGAGGAGCCCCUGCAGGGCCACGUGCUCAUCGACGGCGACGGCGACUUUUACGAAUUCUACGUCCACGAGCUGGACCCCCUCGCCGCAAGAUUCUUCCGCGUCCGCCAUGCCGCCACGGGGGGCAACUAUCCCAAGCCGUACCCUUCCAACCCUGUUCUUCGGUACAUGUCCACCAAGAUGCCCUUCGCCGCCAACCUGUCCCAGGCCGAGUUCAUCCCCACCAGACUGAUGCAAUUCUUCGACGUCCUGGAAAAGUACUUCCCCGCCCACCGCCUCGUCACCUCCGAUUUCGACUCUCUCCCUCAAGCCAUCAAGGGUCUCAACGCUCCCGUCGUGCAGACUCGGUUCCAACGAAAAAUGGUGCCCGUCACGACUCCCCUUGUCCACCAAGGGUACUUUGACAUUCUCUUCCCCACAGACUUCAACAUCACUGAAGCCAUUUACCGCGCCAUCACCGGCAAGCUCACCCGCGUCAUGACCCAUGGGGACUUUUUGCGCCGAUGGGCCUAUGUCGAGGAUACGGAGACUCGGAGCGGAGAGAAUCCCCUCUUGUCGCAUUACAGAAAUGCCAGUGUCAUGGUUACUGUAUAACUACGUGUAUAUGCAUAUAUAACUAUAGACUCCACCCCCUUUCACGAAUUGUAUACAUACAGUUACGAGCAAUGAACUUAUGCAUUGUAUGCUCAUUGC